AUGUGUCCACUCCCUUCAUUGUAUAAAAAACCACCUAAGGUAUUUGCCUUUGAUCACUGCUUCUGGUCCAUGGAUGAAUCAAACACCACGAAAUAUGCAGGUCAAGAAGUGGUGUUCAAGUGCCUUGGAGAAGGAAUUCUUGAAAAGGCCUUUCAGGGAUAUAAUGCUUGUAUUUUUGCCUAUGGACAGACAGGUUCAGGAAAAUCCUUUUCAAUGAUGGGCAAUGCAGAGCAGCUGGGUCUGAUCCCACGGCUCUGUUGUGCUUUAUUUCAGAGAAUCUCUGUGGAAGAAAAUGAAUCUCAUACUUUUAAAGUUGAAGUAUCCUAUAUGGAAAUCUACAAUGAGAAGGUUAGAGAUCUACUUGAUCCGAAAGGGAGUCGGCAGUCCCUUAAGGUUCGAGAGCACAAGGUGUUGGGACCAUAUGUAGAUGGCUUGUCUCAGCUGGCUGUUACAAACUUUGAGGAUAUUGAGUCACUGAUGUCAGAGGGAAACAAAUCUCGAACAGUUGCUGCAACCAACAUGAAUGAAGAAAGCAGCCGCUCUCAUGCUGUAUUCAAUAUUAUAGUGACUCAGACGCUGUAUGACCUGCAGUCUGGUAAUUCUGGAGAGAAGGUCAGUAAGGUCAGCCUGGUGGAUUUGGCUGGUAGCGAGAGAGUGUCCAAAACGGGAGCUGCAGGAGAACGUCUAAAGGAAGGCAGCAACAUAAACAAAUCGCUUUCGACACUGGGGUUGGUUAUAUCAUCACUCGCUGACCAAGCAGCGGGGAAGGGGAAAAACAAGUUUGUGCCUUACAGAGACUCGGUACUCACUUGGCUUCUCAAGGACAACUUAGGAGGAAACAGUCAAACUGCUAUGAUAGCCACAAUUAGUCCAGCAGCAGACAAUUACGAAGAAACGCUCUCUACUCUAAGAUAUGCAGACAGAGCCAAAAGGAUAGUUAAUCAUGCUGUGGUGAAUGAAGAUCCUAAUGCUAGGGUCAUCAGAGAAUUACGUGAAGAAGUUGAAAAACUGAAAGAACAGCUCUCACAAGCCGAGGCCAUGAAAGCUCCAGAACUGAAGGAAAAAUUGGAAGAAUCAGAAAAACUAAUAAAAGAGUUAACAGUCACCUGGGAAGAAAAGUUACGGAAAACAGAAGAAAUUGCACAGGAGAGACAAAGACAGCUAGAGAGCAUGGGAAUAUCGCUGGAGUCUUCAGGUAUCAAGGUUGGGGAUGACAAGUGUUAUCUGGUAAACCUGAAUGCAGACCCUGCACUAAAUGAGCUUUUGGUUUAUUAUUUAAAGGAUCACACAAGAGUUGGUGCAGAUACCUCUCAGGAUAUACAGCUCUUUGGUAUAGGAAUCCAACCAGAACACUGUGAGAUUGAUAUUGCUUUAGAUGGAGAAGUUACACUGACACCAAAAGAAAAUGCAAGAUCCUGUGUAAAUGGUGCGCUAGUAUGUUCUGUCACUCAGUUGUGGCAUGGAGAUAGAAUAUUAUGGGGAAACAACCACUUCUUUAGAAUCAAUUUACCGAAGAGGAAACGAAGAGACUGGCUGAAAGACUUUGAGAAAGACACUCCAUUAGGGGAGCACGAUCUGGAUGCAGCUAGUGAAGCUUCUUCAGAACCAGACUACAAUUAUGAGUUUGCACAAAUGGAAGUUAUUAUGAAGACACUGAAUAGUAAUGACCCAGUUCAAAAUGUGGUCCAGAUCUUGGAGAAACAGUACUUGGAAGAGAAGCGGAGUGCUCUUGAAGAGCAGCGGCUGAUGUAUGAACGGGAGUUGGAGCAGCUACGGCAGCAACUCUCUCCAGAAAGGCAGCAUCAGCAUGGUAGUGAUAGACUCUCCUACACUGCUCAGACUGCACAGCAGAAAGUAAACCUCUGGACAGAAGAGAGGGAUGAAUUGUUUCGACAGAGCCUGGCUAAACUUCGAGAGCAGAUAGUAAAGGCGAAUACACUGGUGAGAGAAGCAAACUUCUUAGCAGAAGAAAUGAGUAACUACUGUGUGAACAAAGUCCGAGAAGGACAAGAGUGUCUGUUGGAUCCUCACAGAAGGGGUGCAAUAGUAAGUGAGCCUGCUAUUCAAGUGAGAAGAAAAGGCAAAGCUACUCAGGUGUGGACUAUUGAGAAACUAGAGAACAAAUUGAUUGACAUGAGAGACCUCUAUCAAGAAUGGAAGGAGAAAGUUCCUGAGAUAAGGAAGAUCAUUGGCAGAAGAGGUGAUCCUUUUUAUGAAGCACAAGAGAAUCACAACUUAAUUGGAGUAGCAAAUGUUUUUUUGGAGUGCCUUUUCUCUGAUGUUAAGCUUCAGUAUGCUGUGCCCAUCAUCAGCCAGCAGGGGGAGGUUGCGGGUCGGCUGCACGUUGAAGUAAUGCGAAUCACUGGGUCUGUCCCGGAACGUGUAGUAGAAGGAGAUGACUCAUCUGAGAACUCUAGUGAGAGUGGGAGUCUGGAAGUCAUGGAUAGCAAUGGAGAAAUUAUCCAGAGAGCAAAAAAGCUCUCCUGCAGGGUAAAAAUAAAAGAAGCAACUGGACUGCCACCUAACCUUUCCAACUUUGUCUUCUGUCAGUAUACAUUUUGGGAUCAAUUUGAGUCAACAGUAGCAGCACCAGUGGUAGAUCCAGAUGUGCCUUCACCUCAGAGCAAGGAAGCUCAUUUUGCAGUGACCUUCUCUCACUGUAAGGACUAUGUGGUGAAUGUCACAGAGGAGUUUUUGGAGUUCAUUUCUGAAGGAGCUCUGGCUAUAGAGGUGUGGGGUCACAGAUGUACAGGCAAUGGCAGCUCUAUUUGGGAAGUUGAUUCUCUUCAUGCUAAAACUAGAACACUGAGAGACAGGUGGAAUGAAGUAACUCGACGAAUAGAAAUGUGGAUUUCCAUACAAGAACUGAAUGAGAUGGGGGAGUAUACUGCAGUUGAACUCCACCAGGCAAAGGAUGUAAACACAGGGGGGAUUUUCCAGCUUAGGCAGGGUCAUUCUCGCAGAGUUCAGGUGACAGUGAAGCCUGUACAGCAUUCAGGAACGUUGCCUCUCAUGGUAGAAGCAAUUCUUUCAGUCUCUAUAGGUGGCGUGACUGCCAGGUCAACUAAAUUGCAAAGGGGCUUGGACAGCUAUCAGAAGGAUGAUGAUGAUGGUGGUGAUAUGGAUAGUUACCAGGAAGAAGAUUUAAACUGCGUGCGAGAAAGAUGGUCUGAUGCGUUAAUAAAGCGCAGAGAAUACUUAGAUGAGCAGAUUCAAAAGAUCAGCAAUAAACAAGAAAAAUCAGAGGAUGACAUAGAACGAGAAGCCCGACUAGUAGAACAGUGGGUAGGGCUGACGGAAGAGAGGAAUGCGGUGUUUGUCCCUGCACCAGGCAGUGGAAUUCCUGGUGCCCCCGCAAACUGGAUUCCACCUGCAGGAAUGGAAACACAUAUACCCGUCCUCUUUCUUGAUUUGAAUGCUGAUGACCUCAGUGCCAGUGAACAACUUACAGGUCCCCAUGCAUCAGGAGUUAACUCAAUCCUACCAAAGGAGCAUGGGAGCCCGUUCUUUUAUCUACCGAUCAUAAAACACAGCGAUGAUGAGGUCUCAGCCACUGCUGCCUGGGACUCCUCCGUCCAUGAUUCAGUGCACCUGAAUAGGAUAACUCCUCAAAAUGAGAGGAUUUACUUAAUAGUUAAGACCACCGUGCAGCUCAGUCAUCCGGCUGCAAUGGAACUGGUAUUACGCAAAAGGAUUGCAGCCAAUAUUUAUAACAAGCAGAGUUUUACUCAGAGCCUGAAAAGGAGAAUAUCCUUGAAAAAUAUAUAUUAUGCCUGUGGAGUGACCUAUGAAAUAGUAUCCAAUAUACCAAAGGCUACAGAAGAAAUUGAGGAUCGUGAGACCUUGGCACUGAUGGCGGCAAGGAGUGAGAACGAGGGCACAUCUGAUGGUGAAACUUACAUAGAGAAAUACACCCGAGGCGUCCUGCAAGUGGAGAACAUUCUGAGCCUGGAACGACUAAGACAGGCAGUCACAGUCAAAGAAGCACUGUCCGCCAAGGCAAGAAACAUCCGCAGGAGCGUCAGCACACCAAACGUCCACAACGUAUGCUGUAGCCGAUUAGAUCUUUCUGCCUGUGAUGAAGAUGAAAAGGGUUGGUCUGAAAGUCACCUAGAUAUAUCUGACUGUUCUUCCAGUUAUCAAGAUGUAUCAUGCUAUGGUACUUUACCCAGGGAGUCCCCUCGCAAGAGCAAAGAUGGCAGUGGUGUUAUAUCAGAGAAUUCCCAUGCUUUAAUGGCCAGUCCCUUUAAAGCAUUUUCUCCUCAGCCACCAAAGUUUUUCAAACCUUUAAUGCCAGUGAAAGAGGAACAUAAAAGAAAGACCCCACUUGAAAGCCGACCUCUGCUUAGUCAAGAGAGCAUGCCUUCAUCUCAGGUACAUUGCGCUGGCUGUGUUGUGCCUUCAGGAAGUAAUGCCAGCAGCAUGCCAGUAGAAAGCAAUAGCAUUCAUGAGGAAAAGAUUGACUCUGAGGAGGAGGACAGUGAGUUGGAGGCCAUUAAUAAGAAGUUAAGUCCACAAGGUUUUCAGAGUUUCCGGCCUUAUGUGCCGGAGGAGUUUGCUGACUUCAGUAUUUACAAUGCUAGCCUCGAAAACAGGGAAUGGUAUUCUUCUAAAUCGGACUUCAUGAAUUCACGUGUUCUUGAAAAAGAGGUAUCCCGCAGCCCCACCACUAGCAGUAUCACUAGUGGCUACUUUUCCCACAGUGCCUCUAAUGCUACUCUGUCUGACAUGCUUGUUCCCUGUAGUGAUAGCACAGAUCAGCUAGCCAGUCACAUGAAGGAGCUGGACUCUAACGACUCUUCAGGACCAUCUCUUGCACACGAUUUAAGAUCAUCUUUGAACAAGGAGUUUCGAGAGUCAGAAAAGGAGUUAGUGACGGAAAAGUUACGUGUAUCACCACUGAAACAAAGCAGUGCCUUAAUGGAACAAUCACCACUGUCCCUCAAUGCCACUAAAAAAGGCUCUCAGCAGUUACCUACAGCUGGAUCAUUUUCAGCAUUAGAUUCCUCGGACGGCAAAAAUACCUGUUGUACAGUCGAAUUUUCAACCCGUGAAGCAACAGUUGAGCACACAAUGGAUGUUCUUGAAGAUCAUUCAUUUACAGAGUUUAUGGGCGUCGAAGAUGGAAAGGACUUUGACCAUUCGACAGCUCCACAGUUAUGUUCCCCUGUGUCCUCUAACGCGGCGAGUGCCUCAGCGUUACCCCAAGGUGCUGACAAGGAGCAGAGCGCUCGCGUAGGGCAGCUGGGCUCUGCAGCAGCAGACAACAGCAAUGCAGACGCUGUGGAAAGUCCUGUGCGUUCUGUAUCAGCAAAAGAGACUUCAGACCGUCAGGCUAAUCCUGAAGCUUCUGCAGAUUAUUUUACUGGGAAGGACCACUUAGAUGGUUCUGACGGUGAAGAAGGUGCUUCUACAGAUCAGGCCCACGUCUUGCCUAGCUGGGUGGCGGUGGGUGAACAAGUCUGUGUUGGAAGUAAUAAGAUGGGCACAGUGAGAUACAUUGGAACAGUGGAUUUUUCAGCUGGAAUCUGGAUUGGAGUUGAACUAAAUGUUCAGCUGGGGAAGCACGAUGGAACUGUAAAAGGCAGAGAGUACUUCCGCUGCAAACCACGACACGGUGUGUUUGUUCGUCCAGGACGCCUCAGUAAAGCACCAGCUUCCUCAAAGAAAUCAAGUAGCACUUCACGAUCUCAGGCAUCUUCCACUUCAGAGAAACGGAGAAGUUCUCUACUUCAAGGGUCAUCAUCUGCUUCUAAAACAGGAGGAGAUGUCCUCUGUCAUUCAGGAGAUGCGGCGGCUUCUGCUUUUUCUAGGAAGCAGGAAAACAGGAAAUCUUGGAUUAACUAAACUGCAGUAUUUUUGCACUUACUACACACAUCGCUGUGUAGAAAACUAUGGAUUUUUGAAGCUAUUGUACAUUUUAAUCUGUCCAUACCGAAUGUGUACUCUCUAGAGUCCUUGACUUAAUUCCCUAAUUUUUUAUAAAUAAUAUAUAUAUUAUAUAUAUAUGAAUGUGUAUCUAUAGUUUGUCUGCCACGGAGCAGAUAUGGCUGCCCACUAAAAUACAGUUAAAGCUGAUCUGUAGAUAAUUGAGGUACUGGACUGUUUGUUACACAACAACUUGGGAGAUAUAUUUUAAACAACAAAGAAAAUAUUUUAUUGUGGAAAAACAAGGAUGUAAAUCCGUAUUUGAAAAACAAAAAAAACCACUACGGUUUGCUGUUCUUAAUUACCAAAGAACUUGUUUUAGACUGACACAUUUGCUGUUUAUAUCUUUCUAUUGUAAGUGUUUUAACUCAUAGCUUGGUGCCAUGUUUCUUUUAGUCACUGGGCACCAUGCUGCCUUAUGUUCUGUGUUUAAGCACACUGAAAUAUCUGACUGCUUCAUAUUUUUUUGUCUUCCUAGAGGCCUGCCACUGUGCUGACUUGGCAUUGCAUUGAAAAGACUAACAAUGCCUGAAGCUGUAAGUCUGGCAUUUCAUAAGUUAACAUAAGCCAGCUGGGCAGUUUGACUGCAGAAACAGUAUUACUGCAAGGGUAUGAGAGGACAACACUGUGAGGUUUUGGGUGGUUUUUUUUGGUGGGGGAGGGAACAGGGAGACAAAGAAGCAGUAAAUGGAUCAUGACUGCAAACUUUGCACUUGUUACUUGCUGGUUAUUAUCAAGAUGAAAUAGAGCCUGCUAAAGUAAUCUUAACCUGUAAAGUUUAUUUUAAUAAUGGGAAUAAUGGAGGGAUUUAUGUAUGGUGCUCAUGAAUUCCUAAGAAGGUUGUUCCACAUGUAGAUACUGUAGAUGCCUGUACAAGUGUUCUGGUUAUUUGUAAAGUAACAUGGUAAAAAUGAGUGAAGUGAAUGGCCUGCUGUAUCUGUUCUUUGUUUCUUAGCAAGUGAAUGAAUGAGAUAUCUGGGACCUUACUGAAAAGCUGCUGUUUGUUCUUUGAUUGUUGUGUACAGUAAGCGGACUCUAGUAUUUUACUAUUUGCUGUAAAGAACUGUAAUUUAUAUACUGCCAUACUGUAUUUAAGUGGUACAAACCUUUUGUGUGUUAGAAUACAGACUGUUUACUUGGGAUUUUAAAGAAAACGUUUUGCUUGUAUUUGAUACAAUUAGGUUUAAACUUGAUGCUGUUACUGGUUCAUGGUGCUCAGAUUCAAAGUACUUUGUAAAUACGCUGAAGGAUAAGAUGCUCAGAGUAGAAGACCGGAUGGUAUUAAUCCGUUUUAUCACUGACCGGCCUAAGAUGAGAAUAGCUCAUGGGGAUACUCCUCUGUUCCUCAGCUGCUGGUUUUCCCCCCCUUCAGAGGUGGGGGAGCGGUGCUGUGCAACUCCUGGCAACGGGUGGCGCGGGUCAAGGGGAGCCUGGACACGUUCCUAGGAGCUAGGUUCAUUACUAACUAUGUCAAAGCCCCAACUGAGCAGAACACAGUUGGCAGCUGGUGGGGGAAAUUGAGUGUGUUUGCCCUUGACACUGCUUUUGGCGACUCUGAGUGAGGAUUCUUUUGUGCUUAUGGAAUUGAUUUUGGUGGGACAAACAUCUUUGCAGAUCCUUUCAUAUUUCUGAUAUUCACCUAGGGUUGCUCUCACUGCAUUAAUGAUACUGCUGUUGGAGGAAAUUACCGUAAUAAAAGAACCACUGUAUGCAAAAGCAUUUUAUCAAGGACAGCAGGUGAUCCUACAACUCUGCCAAGUAUCUACACUCAACCCACCAUCUUGAAAUUAAUUUUAGAUGUCACUUCAAUCUUCCUAAAAAUAGUCUCCCACACAUGCACCCACUCUGUGUGUGUCUCUCUCACUGUCUCACAUACUCGCUCACUCACCCAGAUAUAUUUCUCUUAGGACAGCAUAAACAAUUUUGAAAGUUAAUGGGGUUAUUUUCUUAGGGCAAAGAUGUAGUACUUCUACCAGGUUAGCAUCAGACACACCAGGCUGUUCAUUGUUUUAGGCUGUUGAGAACAUAGAAUACAUGGUUGCUCAAGAAACACUGGAAUAAUUGUGCUUCUUUUGGUAUACAAUCUAUAAAUGCCAGAGAAACCUAAACAAGCCAACCUAUUUGUGUACUAUACACAUUUGGCAUAACUUAUGCUCUCAUGGCUUCUCUUACUAUUGAAAGGCCUGUACUUCUGCGAACCUUCCAUGCUGACAUGUCCUGCCCGAGGUUAAUGUAAAGUUAGGAUGAACUUACCUAAUGAGUGCAAUGCAAUAAUGUGAAAAUGCAGGCAUUUUAUUUGAUUUGCUCCUCAAACUUUGUUGCUUAAAUAGAGAAGCACUUUUUCUAUUAGUAAUGUCAGAGUAACAGUUUGGUGUAUUGAACUUCAUAAUCAACUGAAGAAUGCGGUGAAUUUUGGCCAUGGUGACUGUCCAACUGCAUAUUGUUUUUCUUUGGUUUUUAUAAAAUAUUAUCUUAACUAGCAUCUAAUAGACACUGUCUAAUAAGCAGAAUAUACAAUCCAUGC